AUGCCUUUCAAAAUUAUUCAAACAUGCGAAGAAGGAAACCUAUGCCUCAGCAUUGUACCUUCCGCCUGGGAAAGAGAUGGUGUCUUAUGGUGGCCGAAAACAACAGGUGUUGCAAAAUUGCUGCGAGACGAAAAUUCACAUCCUACUUCGAAGUGGCAAACGAUGCAAUGCAUCAAAAAACGGGUUUGCCGUUCAAGGGCAGAGGCUGAAUCUGAACUCAACAAAAUGGAGGCACUUUCGGACACUGAGACGGAAAUGACGAUUACAGUUCCUGCUGCUAAGAAAAUACCCAAGAACAUUGCAUCGAACCUGAACAUAACGAAGCGAGAACCAAUAAAUUUCAACGAGUUUGUAACACUACCGGGAAGAAUCGAGUCCGUAGAGGAUAUUGUCGAAAAUACCGUGGCUACAGAACUGCAACUGACAGAUGAACACAUCCAAAAUGUUGUGUUUAUUCCACAGUUAGACCAGUUAUCUGGAGGCGAUACACUCUUAGUGGAGUCCAUUCAAGAUAAUCAUCUCAAGUCGCUAUCAGUGGAAACAGUUGCAACCAAUCAAGCUCAUAUUAUGGAAAAUUUGACAAAAAUUAUUUCUUGUCUUGCUCACAUAAAGACAAGCAUGGAUUAUCUCAACGAGAGAGUUUCACAAAUUGAUAUGUUCACUCGUGAAAAGGCAACUGAAGUACAACCCGAAGAUUUGCUAUUGUCAAUUGACUCAUUGAAUAUAUUAGAUGAACUUGAGCAAAAUUUGAAGGAUCAGGCAGUAGUGGCUAAAUACAUAACAACUCUGAGCCACAUUUGUGGUAUAAGUGGUAGAGAGAAUGGUAUAGACUGUUGCUAUCGUCUCAUCGACAACUUUAUAACUCGACAGUUUCUGACAACUUGUACUUGGACAGGUAUAUCACGAGAUAAUAACGAAGCAGAAAUGCUGAAUGGAGAGUCUGAUCGACAGUUGAAAGUUCCAUUCGUGAUGUACAAGAAUAUUCGCUGCCUGUUUUUGAAGCUUAUUUUGCAAGCUGAUAAUAGCUUUACGGCAAUUAAAUGCGACGAGUUUUUUAAACGUGUGCUCAAAAACAGCAAGCAACGACUGUUGUCCAAAACAGUAUCUAAACACAAGAACCGCCCAAGAAACUUAAAAUACAAAGUUCGUCAUGAGGAAAAAUGA